CAAAUUCACCAGUGUUAAAAUUGCAGUGUUACUUACUUUUAGAGUUGAGUGUUAAGGUUGUGGAGUUAAAUUGGGUUGGAAUGACACUGCAUGGUGUCAGUUUAAUAUUGAACACAGAGUAACAUUGCAGAGUUCACCAGCCUAACACCCAAGAUCGUUAAUCACUUCAUCCGGGAUAUUAGAGGCUCUCAAUGAGGUUAAAUUUUCUUCACUAACGCCAUUUUGUCUUGGCGCCAAGCAGUGCCAGCAGGGUAUAUUCUGAGGCAUUAUGAUUUUAAAAGUACAGUACAAAAACCACAGAAAGUACAUCAAGAUUGGAGAGGCUUCUUUUGAAGUUUUCAUCACAGAAGUUAAAGAGAAAUUUUCCAUACCCCUCGAUACACUGCUAAAAGUGACCGAUGAGACUGGGACAGAGGUGGAUCAAGAUGUGUUUGCUGAUCUCACAACCUCAAAAGACAUCUGCUUUAUCAUUGAGAAUGAGUGUGAUUCCUCCUACUCAAACCUGUCCUCACCAAGCUUGACUGACACAAUAUCAAUGUCAUCGUCAAGCAAAGAAAGUGACAGUGAUGGCUUCAACCCAUUUAAACGAAUUAGAAGAGAAGAGGCAUUGCAGGAUUCAGCAGCCAAAGAUCUGAUAAAAGAGAUUCUUCUCUCAAAACCGGGAGGGACAGCGGUACUUAAAGAAUAUGAGGAUACAGGAACAAUUUGUGACAGCUCAAGGAGGCAGAUGGUUAAUAUCCUUGCUGCUCAUAUGACCGAAACUGAGGGGCGAAUCCCACAACGAAUUACAAAGGAGAAGUAUGCUCUUGGAAUAAUCUCAUUGUUUCCUUCCCUUAAAGAUCCACUUUCUCCCAAAGGAUAUGAGCAUUUUUAUGAUAGUCAGAGUGGGUCUGGCUUUCUGGCAUGGCGUCUAAAAACUAUUCAGCGGAAGACAAAGCUUGCUGUGAAUUCUGAUGCCCCAAAAACGGGAACUACUGGAGGUCCAACACUUGGGAGAACCAUCAGCCACCUUGACAACCAACCACCUGAAGAGUCCUGCAAAGAGGCCGUAGCACUAAUGAACCAUACCAGUGACAAAGGGACCAUACUGCUGAAAAUGCGCGAAACGUUUGAAUACAGGCAGCGGCUUGUCCAUAAUCCUGAGACGGCAUCUACAGUCCUCUCUGUAUUCCCCCGACUGUUGGACACAAAAGGAUUGAUACUUCAAGAUUUUAGCCUUCUUUUUGGCCCUGAAACAGCAGCGAGAUUACUGGAGAAGUGGCCCAGUUCUUACAAAGCCAAGGUGAUAAAAGAAGCAGAGGCACUCACAUCCACACCCUUCCUACAACGACUGCUGAAAUCAGCCAGGGACCAGCAAGGACAGCUGUCAUCAGAUGACCCUGCAGAGUGGGACAGCGAUAUGGCAUCACUCCUCCUUUUGUUGCACAUCCUGCCACCCCAGUCUCCUGGCAGGAAGAAAGCUCAGAAGAUCAGUGUGCGCCAAGCUACGGACCAUCUUGUGAUGUUUCACAAAUCUUGCAGGAGCCUGGACGAGCACAUGGAAAUGGAUGGGCCACGGCAGCCAUACCUCCUUGCUUCUGGAACCACUAAACAAGCAAUCAGCAACUUCUACAUCGUCAUGGACAAGAAGCUCAUUCCUUGCCAGGGAAAGACCUCAUUGGCAGCAUUUGAUGAGCUCUUCAAGGUUCACUUUGUUUUCGGUGUAAACUAUGAUGAAUCCCUGAGCAGCAUGUACACGUUUCUCCAGACAACAGUGUACAGUAUUGAUGUAGGCAUCACAAAAGAGAGUCCAAAAGUCAAAGAACUCCGAGCAAAGUUUCUGAAUAAUGUUUAGAUGUUACAUUUGCAGGUCAUUGCAUGAUACACCUGGCACAUUGAUUCGGCAUUUAAAGUUGUUGCAUGGUUUAUAUCCAGGAAAGAAAUUUUGGCUGAUAUGUGCUCAGGGUAGUUGUUCUUUGCAGUUCAAAAGUUUUGCAGGUUUUAGAAAGCACCUGACAGUUGUUCAUAACCGAGAUAUUGUUGAAGCCACAUCUAGCAGUAGUGCCUCAGUGUCUGCAGCCAUGCCUUCAAAUGUAGACUUUGCAUCUCAAGCUGGUAAUCCUGAGGCAAUUACAGAUUUAUCAAAUCCACCUGAAACUCAUCAGACGUCCACUGAAAUGUGUGCGUCUGUAAUUGCCAAGCUACAGGGUAGUGGUGUUGCAAACAAUGUAAUUUUGUCUGUGGUGGAAAUAUGGAAGAACUUGUGAAUGAAGUCCACACAACCAUUAAAAGUCAAGUUUUAAAUGUAGUGCCCCCAGAAAACUCCAGUAGAGAAGCAGUAGAAAAUGUGUUUGAAAAUCUACACAAUCCAUUCAGUGAUUUAAACACGGAUGCUAAAUGGAGGAAAUACUUUAGAGAGAAAUGGGGUGUAGUAGAACCUAUUGAAAUACGUUUAGGUGUAAGAUUUGAUUCAAGAAAAAACAGAGUCUCUGGAAUGUAUGAACAAGUACCAGUUAAUGACACUUUCAUUUAUGUACCCUUGCUGAAGACUUUGGAGUUCAUUUUCAAGAACAGGGAAGUUUGCAGUUACAUCCAAUCAUUCAGUGAGAAUGACCUAUACCAUGAUUUUUGUGAUGGAAACUACUACAAAAAACAUCCACUGUAUUCACAGUAUAAAAAUGCCUUGCAAAUUCAAGUUUAUUAUGAUGAUUUUGAAACCGCAAAUCCUUUGGGAUCUAAACAUGGUAUUCAUAAACUUGGAUGUUUGUAUUUCACACUUAGAAACCUCCCACCACAUUUGAAUUCUUCUCUGAUUAAUAUCCAUCUAAUUUAUUUGUUUCACUCUCAAGAUGCCAAGAAGUAUGGAAUUGAUUCAAUAUUAAGUCCGUUAAUUGAAGACAUUAAAGUGUUGGAACGCAGUGGAAUGAAAGUGUCAUUUUCUGAGCAACCUCUUCGAGGUACUAUUUCGCAGAUCACAGGUGACAAUUUGGGGUUAAAUGGUAUUCUUGGAUAUGUUGAAUCUUUCAGUGCUAACUAUUAUUGUAGGAUGUGUCUUACUGAUAAGACCACUGCUCAAACAGUGUUUAGUGCAGAUGAUCCCCAAGUUGUUCUGCGCACCAAAACAUUAAAUCAGCAGCAUUACAGCAUGCUUGCACAGAAUCCUGGUGAAGCUUCUUGCUAUGGAAUUAAGCGGGAUAGUAUUUUUAAUAGUUUGACCUAUUUUAGUGUGACGGAUAACUAUGUUUUUGACAUUAUGCAUGACCUCUUGGAGGGUGUAGCACAGUAUGAAAUCAAGCUGCUGUUGGAAUACUUGAGUGCAAACAUUAUUCCCUCUGAAAACAUUCUUUUAAGAGUCUAUGCAUUCAACUAUGGCUAUAUGGACAAAAAGAACAAGCCAAAUAAGUUGUCACUUCAAGGUAAUAGUGUUGGACUCAAUGCCAGUCAAACAAUGUGCCUUAUUAAAAAUAUUCCUCUGAUUUUUGGGGAUGUUGUUCCAGAAGGCAACAGACACUGGAAUUUGAUGUUACUGUUGUUAGACAUAAUCAAUAUAUUGUUUUCUCCUAGCAUCACAGAGGGGAUGACCGUGUAUUUAAAACACCUUAUAGCAGAACAUCAUCGUUUAUUUACUGAAGUGUACCCUCAAAAUAAUUUGAUCCCAAAACAUCACUUCAUGAUCCAUUACCCCGAAUGUAUUCGUCAAAUUGGUCCUCUGGUGCAUGUUUGGACUAUGAGAUACGAAGCAAAGCACCAUUUUUUCAAAUCCUGUAUAAAAAAUUUUAAGAAUCUGACAAAAUCCCUUGCACUAAAACACCAGAUAGACAUCGCUUAUCAUUGGGAAUCCCUGGCAAUCAAAGGCAUUGACUCUGGCCCUGUCAGGACUGUAAAGUUGAGUGAAAUUGAAAACAGUGAAUUGGUUUUAGACUACUUUAACUCUGAUCUGUCCAUGGAAAUAAGUCAAACUAACUGGGUAAAAUGUUUUGGUACAGAAUAUCGCACUGAUCUUGUAGUUUGCACUGAUGUCGUCAAUGAAAUGCCAGUGUUCAGUAAAAUUGUCACCAUACUGUUGAGAAAUGAAAUUUAUUUUGUUGUGUCAGACAUGGAAACAGUAUUUGUUGAACACCUUCAUGCUUUCCGUGUACUUGAGCAGGAGCAGCACCUCUCUGUAAUCAAACCAGAUGAACUGAGAUAUUUCAAACCAUUUGACCUACAGAUGGCAUAUGGCAGUGACACAUUUUUUUACGUUGUUACAGAAUGUUGUAUUUUGUAAAUGGCAGACCUUUGUAUUGGAAUGACUGACUAGUCAAGUUAUUGAGCAGUUGUUGAGCAGUGAAGCUGGUUAAAGUUGAAUAAAAGUUUUAACUUUA